AUGAGUCAAGUGAAUGUAUAAUUGUUCAUUUUUAAAAAUUUUUAAAUUUAUAUAUAAGAAUUGAAUAAUAUGGAUACUAUUAUUUGUUUGGUUUGACGGUGAAGGUUCGAUCUGAGAAAUAGUCGUAUACGACAGCUGUGCUGUACGAUUCUCCUUUUACAUACCGCCUGUCUAUGGCGGAUUAGCCGAAGGCUUAUCUCUUCCCCUUACGACGUCGUUUCCAUUUCCCUGCACAACUUUUCAUUAUUCUCAAAUUUCACUUCUCUUUACUGCUGAAUGUGCUUACGAAACCCUAGGAUUUUUGACUCAUCAAGUUUUCUCUUAGAACAGUUUUACCAGACAUUAUAAAUAUCAAGCAGUUACAUAAAGCGACGCCAUAGAGAUUUGUCGAUUUGAGCAUCUAUACUGUUUACUUAUUAAAUCGAUCAUCAGCUCACAUUGCGGUGUUCAGUCAGUCUAACGUAGCUUGAAGUUAGUGUUUUUAUUUAUAGAAAAUAAUUAAACUACCGCGUUGUACUCACUGAGGCCAUCAUUUGGAGGUAGCCUUGAAGGACAUGAUGUUUGAAGGACCUGAGUUAUAAACUCAUAUUCCAAUUCCAAUAAAAAACAAUGUUACCAUGUUGGAGCGAAUUGACAUCAAGUUGACUAGCAACUCUAGGUGUUUAGGGCAUCUUAUUGUAACAAAGGUUAUAUGCUUAUGAUUUAGAAAAAAAAUGGAAGUAUCGAAGCAGAAGUUUCCGGUCAAUGCAGAGGAUUACAAGCUAUAUGAGGAAGUUGGUGAAGGAGUCAGUGCCUCCGUGUAUAGGGCACUCUGUGUUCCAUUGAACAUUAUAGUUGCGAUCAAGGUUCUUGAUCUGGAAAAGUGUAAUAAUGACCUGGAUGGCAUACGUCGUGAGGUACAGACUAUGAGCUUGAUCAAUCACCCAAAUUUAUUACGGUCAUAUUGUUCUUUCACAACUGGUCACAACCUAUGGGUUGUUAUGCCAUUUAUGGCUGGGGGAUCCUGUCUCCAUAUAAUGAAAACUUCUUUUCCAGAAGGUUUCGAAGAGCCAGUUAUUGCUACAGUGCUUCGAGAGGUCCUUAAAGCCUUGGUCUAUCUACAUGCACACGGACAUAUUCACAGAGACGUCAAGGCUGGGAAUAUAUUAGUUGAUAAUAAUGGUUCCAUAAAGUUAGCUGAUUUUGGAGUGUCUGCAUGCAUGUUCGAUACUGGGGAUAGGCAGCGUUCUAGAAAUACCUUUGUCGGAACUCCUUGUUGGAUGGCACCAGAGGUAAUGCAGCAACUACAUGGAUACGACUUUAAAGCAGACAUCUGGUCAUUUGGAAUCACGGCUCUUGAACUUGCUCAUGGUCAUGCACCGUUUUCAAAGUAUCCACCGAUGAAAGUUUUGCUUAUGACACUGCAAAAUGCACCACCAGGUCUUGAUUAUGAACGGGACAAAAAGUUUUCAAAGUCUUUUAAAGAUUUGGUUGCUGCUUGCUUAGUGAAGGACCCAAAAAAACGUCCAUCAUCAGAUAAGCUUUUAAAGCACCCUUUUUUUAAACACGCACGGACAACUGAUUAUCUUCAAAGAAGCAUUCUUGAUGGUCUUCCUCCGCUAGGUGAUCGUUUUAGGAUGCUAAAGGCAAAAGAAGCAGAACUUCUACAGAACAGUGAGUUAAAUGGAAGUAAAGAACAUUUAUCACAGCAAGAGUAUAUUCGAGGAAUAAGUGCUUGGAAUUUUAAUUUGGAGGACUUGAAGAAUCAGGCUGCACUUAUCCAGGAUUAUGAUGGUAAUUCAACCGCUGAAGAUCUGAAUGCAAGUUCAAAGCAACAAGACGAGCUCAAUGAUGCUGGAUUUUCAGCAGAAAGGUCAUCCUCUGAGAUACUUAACCGUUCAGAUGAUGGGUCCCACCUUGAGGAUGAGAUUGAUGAAGUUCCUAGUUUGGAGGAUUCAUUUGCUGCAUUUCCUAUGAAGCCUAUUCAAGCACUCAAGGGAUGUUUUGAUGUUGGUCAGGCUGAUGUGGCGGAUGACGAGGAUACGGUGAGCCCAACUGUAGGAGAUGAAAACCAAUCGGAUUUUGAACAGCAUGGCGCCAUGAAACCAUCACUAAAAUCUGAGAAGCAAGUUGAAAAAAAUGACGCUGAGCUUCUAGAACGUAAAAAAUCAUUACCGCGGCCAAGUAUUAUCAGUCCAAAAAAAUAUUCGAGUGGUUCGCUGCUACCGGAUAAGGUGCUGUCUUCUAAGAAGUUCGUUGGCGACUUUGAAAGAGAAUCUACGCAACGGGGGUUUCGAGUUGAGCGCAGUUACAGUGGUCCAAUACAAGGUCGUCAAAAGAUUAACACAAGCAAUUCUUAUCCCGAGGAUGCUUCAGAGGAAGCCGUGGUGCAGCGCAAGGGACGUUUUAAAGUCACUUCAGCAGAUCUCAAGGUUCCUGUCAUCAGUCCCAAUUUCAGUGGAACGACCAGUCCACCUGCAUCAGGCGUAGCUGCUUCAGUUGUUUCCUCAUUGCAAACCAUUUUGUACCAUAGCACAUUGCAAAAGGAAGAACUACAUAGGUUAAUCAAGUUUGUUGAGCAGAUUUCUGGCAAUUCCAUGGAGUAUGUGGAAGCAGGAAUCAACGGGUCGUCACAGAUCCCUCUUACUUCGCCAAGGGAAAGAGAACUGCAGUCUCAGCUGAUCCAGUUACAACAAAGAAACACCAUUCUCGCUGAGAAAUUGCAGAGACAGAAGAUGAUGAAUGCACAGUUGGAAAUGAAACUGAGUGAUUUGAUGAAGAAAGAAAACAUCAAAGAAUGAUUUACAUGUCCUGAUUGUGCGCGUAUUUGAAUUUUGUGUCUUUUAUUCUUUAAAAAAUGUAACAUAUUUGUGAAUAUAAGGAAAGGGAGCCUAGUAAUUAUGAGUUUGUGAUUCCUAUUAAUGUAAUAAUAUAGCCCCCUUAAUAUUAUUGAAAUAUUAUAUACAAGCAGGAUUAUUUGUGUUUUAAUGGUUGAUCAAAUACUAUUCAAUUU